AUGCAAAGUGACACUGGCCCUUCUACUGGUGGUUCAAGAUUAGCUGUUGUACCUCAGGGACUAGGUGGAUGUAGUCCACCUGAGAUUUCUUCUAUUCCUCAGCUAUCAAAUGUUGGUUCAUCCUCUCCAAUAUUGGUCGAUAGUCCUGUUUUUGUUAGCAACAACACAACUCCAAAUCUAGAAAUACAUGUGACUGAUCAAGGAACUGAAAAAACUCCAGUUGAGAAUGAAGGAACACAAGUGAAUGCUAUGGAGAAAAAUGUAACAGAAGGAGAGCAAGAUAAAGGUGAUGAUGAAUUUCAUAUUCCAAAAAGAAGUAAAACAUCACAAGUUUGGGAUGACUUUGAAGAAAUUGAAGAAAAUGGCACUUUCUAUGCCACGUGCGUCCAUUGUAGGAAAAAACUUUCAAGGGGCAAAUCUAAGCAAACUUCAAGCAUGUUAAGGCAUAGGAUUUCGUGUUCAGCUAGAAAAGUGCAUCUUAGAAUGGUAGCACAGCAAACAAAACUAAAUUUCCAGCCAGCUGAUGAGAUAUUUUCGACUUUACCGGCAUUACAUACUGGUAAGUUUGAUAUGGAGGCAAUGAGAGAGGCUGCUGCACAUUGGGUGUUAAUGCAUGAGCAUCCAUUCACUAUCUUGGAGGAAGAAGGUUUUAACAUCAUGAUGAGACGGGGAAUGCCAGAGUGCCAAAAGAUCUCUCGGGGAAUAGCAAAAAAUGAUUGCGUGACAGUCUAUGAAGUUGAAAAGAACAAGUUGAAGCAUGUGCAACAACUUCAGAAGAGAAUUCUCAAUUUUGUUCACAUACCACCACCUCGACGUGGGGUGGAGAUUGCUGCUGCAAUUUUUAAGUGCGUGAAGGAAUGGGAAAUUGAUCACAAGAUACAUACUAUAUCAGUCGAUAAUGCCUCCAAUAACGAUGUUGCUAUCCGACUUUUGAAGGAUGACUUCUCUAGAUCAAAAAAGCUGCUAUGUGGAGGCAAACUUUUUCAUGUUCGAUGUUGUCCACACAUCUUGAACCUUGUGGUUCAAGAUGGCCUUUCCAAGAUAGUGGACAUCACCAACAAUAUUAGGGAAAGUGUGGAAUUUGUCAAUCGCUCCGAGGGAAGAGCUUUGCUGUUUGCUGAAAUUGCCCAAUAG